AUGAUGUUUCCAGCAGGAAAAUGGAAGAUCUUGAUGAUGUUCGUGAUGCAAGUCUGCAUUUGGUCAGUUUCCGGAGGUAAUUUGUUUUGAUUUUGAUGCCUGUUUUAUUCGAUAUUGUGAUGGGUAGAUGUUCAAAAUUAGUUUGAUUUUGGGUUUUUUCUGCCCCCAGGUUAUCUCGAUGUUUUAGAGCAAUGCAUCUACGAUCCGACUACAGUCGACAAAAAUCAGGACAGUUUCUUUUUGUUUGGGUUGGCUACGGAAGCUGGAGCCGGCGUGAGUUUCGAUGGGUUGAAGGCACAUUUCUUUGCGAUCCACAACGGCGCGGAGAAGAGGUCUCCAAAACGUGUUUUUACCAAGGCCAAUGGUACGUACUGCUUGGUUUUUAUAUUGGUUUAAUAGGUGUCAUGCAUUCUAAAAACCUUCGAUUGUUGGCCGAGAAACCACAAGUGUUCUUUGCCAUUGGAAAGGCGGAAGAAAAUGGCUUCGUCAAGAUCUUGGUCACAAAAAUUACUUACGACCCUGCCAAUUCCGCGUGAGUUUGUUUUUGUGUGAUUUAUCUGGGUUUAGUCCGGUCACAAUGGUCGAAAUGGACCGCUUAUUCAAUGAUAUUGCGAAUAUUGAAGAGUAUUCUCUGGAAACCGCUUUUCUUAUGAAUGGUCACAUCAUCAACUUGAAGCCAUGUCUGGUUUGGAAGACCGACGGUGAGGAUUUGUCCACGAUGAAGUUCAAAGUUGAGGCUUGCGUGAAGGAGGAUGUCCAAGGUGCCGCAACCGUCGAAGUCCCUGCAGAGGCUAUUGUGGAAGAAAAAAAGGUUGGAUUUGUGCAAUGGGAUACGUUUUUCACUGUGUUACGUAAAAUAAUAUAAUUGGUUUCAGUUCCCCGGUACGUAUAUGGAGGAUGGCAGCUAUCAUUUUGAGGGAUACAGUCUCGAUCAAGGGAAGCCGGUUGGCGUGGAAACUUGUGUGAAGACCUUUGAAGAGUGAGAUUCUUUGUAGAUAUUAAUUGUGGUGUAUAAUAGUGCAUAAAAAUGUGUUUUUUAGUAUCAAAGAUGGCGUAAACCUGAUCACUAUCAAGUAAGUUCGCUAGUAGUUGAAAAUUUGAUUUUUAGGUUUCACAACGGACAGCAUAGGUGUUUUACGAGUAAUGUCAAGUUCCAAGUUCAGUUCCGAUCGCCGGCGUUGGCCGCAACCUCGACUUCGCAGGAAUUGUGCAAACAGGCCUUUGACUAUUUCCAUGAGCAGCCUGAAGAAGAAGUUAGGUCCAACGUUACCGCGCCGAGUAUUCAUAUCGAUGCAAAGAGGGAUUGCGACACGUAAGUGGCUAGAAUGAGGUCAAAAGUCGUGUUUAUCGGGAUGUUUGCUGGUUUUAAGAAGCGCGAUGUUUAAAUUUGGAAUAUUUUUUAUUCCAAAUAUAGUUUAUUCAUUUUACGGGAUCUGAGAGCCUUCUUUUCUAGCGAUGUGAUCUCUCGUUUCAAACAAAACGCUGGUCUGAUUGGUGCUGGAGUGACUGCUGUUGUCUCCACGCUUGUCGCAAUUAUCAUUUUCGCUCUCGGAAUGGUCGGCCGAGUCAGGUAUCAGCGCCAUAAGAGAGAGAAGUUGGAGCUUCUCGGAUCCGCCGCCUACACGGUCACUGAAGCCACGACUAUGACGAUGACCGCAGACCAGUCUCAAAUGUCCCAAGUCGGAUCUCAGGCGACCUCAACUGUCCAAUCACAAAUGUCGAACAAGUCCAAGAAACCGUAG